AUGGAAAUACUACCGAAUGAAAUUCUUCUUCAUAUCUUUUCUUAUCUUGAAUGGUUUGAUAUGUUAACAUGUUUUUGGUCAUUAAAUAUUCGUUUCAAUUCUCUUGUGUGUUCAGCUCUUUCAAUAAAUGACAAUUUAUUAAAAACUGGUCUUCUUAUUAAACAAGGUUUACCUUAUAAUAAAUUUUCUUCAAUAUUAUUUCCAUUGAUUUUAAAUUCAUCAUUUCUUUCUUCUUCUAUUCAACGUAUUCAUUUUGAUGGAACAAAUUCAAUUUCUUGUGAUAUUAGUUAUGAAUUGUUGUUUAAUGAUAAAAAAAAUUCUUCGUUUUCCUAA